AGGCAGCCAGGAAGCUAGCUCGUCAUGGCCAUGUCAAUCCUCGGCGCUCUCAAGCUCGCCCCGUCCCCUCCGGCGACGGCGGCGCAGCCGGCGUGGCUCGGCUCCUCCUCGGUGCGCUUCCACCUCGCCAACGCCGGCGCCGCCGCGCUGGUCGCCGCCUCGCUGCUCGUCGCCGACCCGGCCCUCGCGUUCAGGGGAGGCGGGCCGUACGGGCAGCAGGUUACGCGGGGGCAGGACCUCACCGGCAAGGACUUCAGCGGCCAGACGCUCAUCAAGCAGGACUUCAAGACCUCCAUUCUGCGGCAGACCAACUUCAAAGGCGCAAACCUGCUCGGCGCCAGCUUCUUCGAUGCGGACCUCACAGGUAGCCUACUGAUGCAAACCUGCUCGGCGCAGGUGCUGUCCAGCCUGCUGGCGCUCAAACCAGGUCAUCUUCAUCCAGGACGGCGACAACCUGGACCGGCUGCUGCAGCUGCUCGACCCGUCCGAGGGCAAGCUGAUGGCCAAGGGCCUCAUCCUCUCCGCCGUCAUGUCGCUGGCCGAGAUAGGCGCCGGGAGGAAGAAGAUCGUGUCGUCGGAGCACUUCGGGAGCCUCAAUGAGCUGGCCGACUCCGGCGACUCCGACGCCAAGAAGGUCGUCAAGAAGAUCGCCAACAACAGCAGGCUGCAGUCCAUGUUCAGCAAGAUAUGGAGCGCCUAAGUUAUUUUCCUGACCCUCAGAUGUCUUUACUAAACAGUUAAACACCCCUUUGAUUUAGCGUUAGUGCAUUUGAUUUGCUGUCCAUAGUUUCUGCAUAACUACAUCCAACCGUCAGUGUGAUUCCCUUGUGCUGUACAUUGCAACUUCAGUGAAAUCCAAGUUUUGUCAUCA